UCUCCUCACAGGUGGCGGAAGGACACGUCCCUUCCUUCCACGCUCACUCCGCCCUUUCCGUCUGUCAUCUUCCUCUCUCGUCAACAACUCCAACAACAAAAAAAAGGAGCGCCUUCUCUCACAGCCUGCUGGGAAUUGUAGUCCGCCUGGUCCUCUGAAGGGCAGGGGGAGUGCGCGAACUACAUUUCCCAGAGGCGAGCCACCCUGCCCCGCCCUCCUUUCUUGCGUCUCUGAGCGCGGGAUUCCAAAGGCGCGAAGGGAAAGGCAGGAGUGCGGCAGUUUUACGGCUUCGGACUGAGAGACGCUUCGUUGCUUGGCAGGCUGGUUUGUCGUCAGCGGGCUUUGGUCGUGCGCGGCUAGAGGUAACCUGACGGCCGUGGAAGUUCACAUCUGCGUUUUUUCUUCCAUCUGUGCUGCAUCAUCUCAGAAGCAGACUUCAACUUGGUCACCAGGAUGGGGAUCCAUGGUCUGGCCAAACUGAUUGCCGAUAUAGCUCCUGGUGCCAUUCGAGAGAAUGACAUUAAGAGUUACUUUGGCCGGAAGGUGGCCAUUGAUGCAUCUAUGAGUAUUUAUCAGUUCCUGAUUGCUGUAAGACAGGGAGCUGACAUGCUGCAGAAUGAAGAAGGUGAGACCACAAGCCACUUGAUGGGCAUGUUCUACCGCACCAUCCGCAUGGUGGAAAAUGGCAUCAAGCCUGCCUUUGUCUUUGAUGGCAAACCCCCACAGUUGAAAUCAGGCGAACUGGCCAAGCGCACUGAGCGCCGAGCUGAGGCAGAGAAGCAGCUGCAAGAGGCUAAAGAGGCAGGUGAGGAGGAAAAUGUAGAAAAAUUCAGCAAGAGGCUUGUUAAGGUGACCAAACAGCACAACGAUGAGUGUAAGAAACUACUGACCUUGAUGGGCAUCCCUUAUGUAGAUGCACCUGGUGAGGCUGAAGCUAGCUGUGCUGCACUAGUGAAAGCGAGCAAGGUCUAUGCAGCUGCUACUGAGGAUAUGGAUUGCUUGACCUUUGGUAGCCCUGUGCUAAUGCGACAUCUUACAGCUAGUGAGGCGAAGAAACUACCCAUUCAGGAAUUCCAUUUGAACCGCAUUCUUCAGGAUAUGAGCCUGACUCAGGAGGAGUUUGUGGACCUUUGUAUAUUGCUGGGUUGUGACUACUGUGAGAGCAUUCGUGGUAUUGGGCCAAAGCGUGCCGUGGAGCUUAUCAAGCAGUACAAGAGCAUAGAAAAGAUUGUUCAGCAUAUAGAUGCCAAGAAGUAUCCUAUGCCUGAGAAUUGGUUGCACAAGGAGGCCCAACAGCUUUUCCUGGCACCUGAAGUUGUAGACCCAGAAGCUGUGGAGCUGAAAUGGAGUGAGCCAGAUGAGGAAGGUCUUAUCAGUUUCUUGUGUGGGGAGAAGCAGUUCAAUGAAGAAAGAAUCCGUAAUGGGAUCAAGAGACUGAACAAAAGUCGCCAGGGUAGCACUCAGGGCAGAUUAGAUGACUUUUUUAAGAUUACUGGCUCCAUCACUUCAGUCAAACGCAAGGAGCCAGAACCCAAGGGAUCUGCUAAGAAGAAAGCAAAGGGUAGUAGUGCAGUAACAUCCAAGUUUAAAAGAGGAAAGUAAUGUUACUUUAUGGAACUCUUAUCAGUUUCCUUCCACUCCAGAUCCUCCUCCUUGGAACAAAUUAUGUUAAACUGCAAAUAUAAAGCCUGGCAGUAAUAUGUGCUCUAUGGCACUCAGAAUGUGACAUAAUUAUCUGCCAGGCCUCUUGCUCAGAUUAAACUGAUACAUGGUGAAAGGGACAGUCUGUCACUGACAGGGUAUUUGACACUGCUAAUUAGUAACUAGAGAUCCAGCCAGUCCAAAUGCUGGUACUACAGUUGAGGAAUCCAGAAGGUGCUGCUCCUGCCACCUUGAGUCCCGCGAACUCCUGCUGCAUUGAGUUCCAUAUGUAGUAUUGGUCCACCUUUACUAGGAGUACCAUGUUGAGAUGUUUAGGUUUGAAUUGUGGCUUCCAAUAUUGCUUUUAAUACUGUGUAGAGCUUGAUAUCAAAAUGAAUUUUGUGAGGUAUCUGCUAGAAAUAUCUGCAACACAAUCCACACUGCUCAUGAAAUUAGGUGAACCAACGAUUGCUGCUGAGGGAGCUGUUUUACAGCCUGGUCUCUUUAAUGCUUGUUAUACAGGAUUUUUAAUACUUGUCAGAUAGGUUUGGUGAAGAGAUUAUGUACUUGGCCUCUUGUCUUGAUUACACAACUUACUCUUGCCAACCAAAAGAACAGAGGCUAUUAACAGUGAUCAAGCUGGCAGGAAUUUUGUCAAUUGUGUUCAUUCUAGGAGGGAUUUCUUUUAAAAAGUUGGAAGAAUACAAGCAGUGAAAGCACGCAAGUGGGCAAGAAAUUAAGCUGUUAAUUUCAAUGUCAGAAGUUGAAUUUAUUUCUAUGGGCACUGUACAAAGCUUAUGUAUGUUGCUUUUUUAACAUUAGCAAUUUUCUGAUUUUGUGGCAUUUAAUUUGUCAAUACAUACAGCUGAAAAAUGAGUUCACUUCUCUUUGACCUUCAGAGUAAUAAAACCAAAUUGUGAACUAUUGUCACAUUUUUUUGUAUCUUAGGUUUUUGUUAGUUUUACUGCCAGAGUGAAAACAAUGUAGAAGCUGAUAACUUCUCACAGUUGACUCCUGUCACUACUGUUUUUCUGUUUUAAGUCUUGUAGUAUCUAUAACAAUAAAGCCCUCUUCAUUAUUGUAUCUUCCUUUAUAGCAAACUUACAUGAAACAAAGGAAUGUAAAAUGAUUUUGAUAGCUCUGUUGAUUUAAAGUAGACAAGAUUUUGAGACAGCAGAAGCUAUAAUUUGGCUAAAGUACUCUGCUCAUUGGGAAUAACUUUGUUCAGGAGACAAGAGCUAUAUGGUGCCCUUAUUUACAAUGGUGUUUUAAAUGCCUUUAUAAACACAACUGUUACCUCACAACGUCCUUGUAACAAUUGUGAAAUCUCGUAACUUUGGUUUGGUUUCUUAAGACAUGCCAAGCCAAAAAUAUGGUGUUAGGAUAUUAGAUCUAUUGAUAUUGUUUUAGUAAAUCAGGAAUGUGUCAGAACUAAAUUUGUGUGGAAGGUAUUAAAUACUAGCAUGGAAAUAAAGAGAAAAUGUUAAGAUUACAGGGGUUGGCAGAUUUGAGGCUGGUUUAUAUACGGCGCCCGUAGGAAGGAAAUACACGUCAGACCCUAACUCUGCCUGUAAUAAAGGCCUAGUUCUUAUUGAGGUGAUAAACUUGUGUCGACUAUACCACUUCAUGCUGUAACAGGGGCACACAGGCUUGAAUAUUUCUCCAUGUAAAAAUGCCUUAAUUAUGAAAUUAAACAUUUCUGAGAGGUG